AUGAAAGUGAAUUUGGAACUAUAUGCACUAUUUAGUAAGACUGAUUCAACUAGUGGUCUAAAGAUAUAUGAGAUUAAAUCGUUUAAUACACAAAAUAUUGUUAUCACAGAAACAUCUGAAAUCGGAUAUGAGUAUGAUCGAUUUAAAGAUGUUAUAAUUGUAAAAAGUGAAAACUUUGAAGAAACUGGAUCUGGAUGGUCAAUCGAACAAGUGGAACAUCUGGAAUUAAAUAUGAAUAAAUAUGUGCCAUUUAAAGGAGGAUAUACUUAUAGACAUUUACCAUCAAAUAUAAAACAUACAAAAGCUGUGUUAAAUAUUGUAAACAACGAUGAAGCCUGUUUCGCUUGGUCAGUUGUUGCUGCUUUAUACAAUGCGAAAGGGAAUGUAACAAGGACGUCAUCAUAUCCUCACUAUGAAACUGUAUUAGAUUUGCGAGGUAUAUCUUUUCCAACACCAUUGAAACAAAUAAAAAAGUUUGAGGAGAAUAAUGAUCUAAGUAUUAAUGUGUAUGGAUUGGAAAACAAAAAGAUUGUUGGACCUUUACAUCUUUCGUCAAAUAAGAGUGCUAGUAAGCCUCACAUAAACUUAUUAUAUGUAGAUGAAUACUAUUUAGAUUGUGAUGGUGAAAGAAGUAAGAAAAGAAAAAGAAAAAACAGUGACGAUGAAAGCGGCGAUGAUUGUGAUGAUGAAGAUAAUUGGAGUGAAAGUGCUAGUGACUUUGAUGAUGAAAACGAUAGAGAUUGGUUAAGAGAAGGAGAUGAGAAUGACGAUUGUGGUGAGAGUGAGGUUGAUUGGGACAAAUUAAAUGAGGAGGAUGAUGAGGAGGAUGAGGAGGAGGAUGAUGAGGAGGAUGCGGAGGAGGAUGGGGAGGGGGUUGCUGAGGAGGGAGAAUUAUGUCAAGAAGGUGUGGUGCUAAAUGAGGAUCAAUACAAGGGUCAUUUCUGUUUGAUAAAGAAUUUGUCGCGUUUAGUAUCUAGUCAGAUAAAUCAACAUCAACAUAUUCACUUCGAUUCCUACCUCAUAGCUUAA